GAAAGCCAGGUUUAAGCGUUCUAACAGUGUAACAGCUGGAGUGCAAGCUGACUUGGAGCUCGAAGGCUUCCCAGGACUAACUGUUCCCACUGAAGACAAGGGCCUGCAAUUUGGAUGUUCAUUUCAGCGCCAUUCUUCUGAGCCCUCAGACACCAGCCAGCAGUAUUCAGUGUAUAAGACAGUGCACACACAGGGCCAGUGGGCGUACAGAGAGGACUAUCAAAUGCAGUAUGAUACAGCAGAGGAAGCUCGCCAAGAAUCAUGGAUGGACAGAGCCACUCGUAGCCUCCCGGACUCUGGAAGAGCAUCUCCUUGUCACCGUGAUGGGGAGUGGUUCAUCAAGAUGUUGCAGGCAGAAGUGGAAAGGAUGGAAGGAUGGUGUCAACAAAUGGAAAGAGAUGCAGAGGAAUAUGACCUACCAGAGGAGAUUUUGGAGAAGAUUCGCAGUGCAGUUGGAAGCUCUCAGCUCUUGAUGUCUCAGAAAGUGCAGCAGUUUUUCCGGCUCUGCCAGCAGAACAUGGAUCCUACAUCAUUCCCUCUGCCUACUUCUCAAGACCUGGCGGGUUUCUGGGAUCUCCUCCAACUCUCAUUUGAAGAUGUAGGGAUGAAGUUUGCAGAGCUGCAGCAAUUAAAGGAAAAUGGAUGGGAGCUAUUGGAAACCAAGGAGGAAAAGAAGCUUCCUCCUCCAAUACCAAAGAAGCCACUCCGUCAGAAGGUGCAUCCAGUUAAAGACCGUUCUUUGGACUCCGUUGACCGACAGAGGCAAGAGGCCAGGAAGAGGCUGUUGGCAGCCAAACGUGCUGCCUCAUAUAGGCACAACUCUGCCACAGAAAGUGCUGACAGCAUAGAGAUUUAUAUCCCUGAAGCCCAGACCCGACUGUGAAGAGGACAAUGUACACUAUCCUUUUGUACGCGCUGUAUAUAAAAAUAUACAUAUAUAUAUAUACAUAGAGAAUAUUUAGAGAUUAUUCUAAGAAAACAAAAACACUGAAAAAAUGACCACAGCUGUGUAAUUCUGGGGAGGUCCUUCAACCCAAACCAAACUAACCCUUCAUCAAAAGACCCUCCCCUUAAAGGGCAGAGCUAGAUAACCAAUCAGUGCUGUUUCCACUGCUGAGGCUGGAGGAAUUUGCUUAAAGCUCCAGCCCUCUCCCUCUCCAAACUCCCCUCCCUCUUAUCUUAACUCUUGUAUGUAGCUUGAAAUAUGGACAUGCUGCAUUGUGUAGCAGUACUGAGUAUGACCACAUUUAAACACUGUGUCAAAGUCUUUUUUCAUUUAGAGCAAAGUUGUAAAGCACCCCAAGAUAUUAGGCCC